AUGAAAUCAUUUGUGUAUUACACCGGUCUCUUAAUAUCCUUGGCCUUGCAGUUGAGGGCCAUCCAGCUCAAUUCUAAUAACAUGCACCCAAUUUCAUAUGUUGAACUUGGAGACAGAAUUUCGAACAAAGUGGGAGCAUUAUGGAAAAGCCAAUUAGAUUCAUUUGUAGAUGUUGUAUCUACCAGAAUUGUUGACAAAUUGGAAAAUGAUAUAUCAAAUAGUGACGGCGCGGAGAACAUGUUGAUUCUUCUAGAGAACAAUGCUGAGAUUUUUGACACAGCCACAUACAAUGGACAUAACAUGGCACUUAUUGAGGAUGAGUUUAUCAAUAAAUUGAAAGAAAAAUUCCAUGGAAGUAAUUUUGGAAAGGGAGUAAAAAAACUGGGAUCUAAACUUAAGGGAAAGUUAACAGAUCUAUAUAAAAAACACAAAGAUAAACUGAAACACUUCUUAAAAGUUAUGAUUACUGGUUUAGUCAUACCAAUGGCUAUUAAAUUCAUAAGAAAGCAUUUGACCUUGUGGAGAAAGAAAACUUUAGACGUUACUAAAAAACUUGAUGAAGAUGCAAGAAAUGUAGCAACACCAGUUAUAAAUGCAUUAUACGAUCAAUUUGAACAAAAACUUCAAGAGUAUGCCGAGGAAAACCAAUUAAAUUCGGACAAAGAAAUGAAUAUAAUGGAUCAGUUACAAUCUGAAAAGAAGAGCAUUGAAAAUAUCGAAAAGCAGGAAAAGAAAAUCUUACAACAAUGA